AUGGAUUCGAUACCCUCCGAAACUCUAGCUUCUCAAGCCCCAACCAAUGCUCCACCUGAACUUGAGCCUGAUAGUCUUUUAUUUUCCUCCUCAGAAACCCUAGCUUACUCUUCUCAAACACCACUUCCGUCUUCAUCUCCGCCUCCGCCUCCUCCUCCACCACAAACCCUAGCUUCUGACGAUCCGAACCCGAAUACUGUACCCGAACCCCAAAUACAAAACUCGAAUCAACCUCCCCGGGAUCAUAGCAAUGGCGGUGUUUACGUCACCCAGACUAGCGCAGAAAAGGAUAAUUCGGCGUCGAAGAGGGCACAACGAGUAGCCGACGGCGGCGGCGCAGCCGACGAUGAGCCCCAACCAGCCUUUCAGCUGCCAGAUUUUAUGAAAGACUUCAUUGGUAUGGACAUUGACCCCGAAAUUCAAGCUUUGAAUGCUAGACUUCUUGAAAUUAGUCGUAUGUUGCAAUCGAACUUGCCUUUAGAUGAUCGUCCCGAGGGCGCUAGAUCGCCAUCACCCGAACCUAUAUAUGAUAACUUGGGAAUUCGAGUGAACACUAGAGAGUAUAGAGCCAGAGAACGACUUAAUAGAGAAAGACAGGAGAUAAUUUCGCAGAUAAUUAAACGAAAUCCGGCAUUUAAGCCACCCGCGGAUUAUAGGCCACCAAAGCUUCAAAAGAAGUUAUAUAUACCAAUGAAAGAAUACCCAGGUUACAAUUUUAUUGGAUUGAUAAUUGGGCCGAGGGGGAACACGCAAAAGAGGAUGGAAAAGGAAACGGGUGCCAAGAUUGUGAUUCGGGGUAAGGGGUCAAUUAAAGAAGGUAGGAUAGGGCAGAAAAAGGAUUUGAAGUUUGAUCCGGGAGAAAAUGAGGAUUUGCAUGUGUUGGUGGAAGCAGAGACGCAGGAGGCGCUUGAUGCUGCUGCAGGGAUGGUGGAGAAGCUUUUGCAGCCGGUGGAUGAAGGGUUGAAUGAGCACAAGAGGCAGCAGCUCAGGGAAUUGGCUGCUCUGAAUGGGACAAUAAAGGAGGAUGAGUAUUGUAGGUUGUGUGGUGAGCAAGGGCAUCGGCAGUUUGCAUGUCCUGCUCGGAUGUCAACAUUCAAGAGUGAUGUGCUGUGUAAGAUUUGUGGAGACGGUGGGCAUCCGACAAUUGAUUGUCCUCUAAAAGGGACAGCAGGUAAAAAAAUGGAUGACGAGUAUCAAAAUUUCUUAGCAGAAUUAGGUGGCACCAUUCCAGAAUCUGUUACUAAGCAAAGUACGGCAUUGCCUAUUAUGGGUUCAAAUAUUUCAGGAAGUAAUCCCCCUUGGGCAUGUGGUAACAGUAAUGGGAGUUCGUUGCAUCCUGGACUUGGGAGCACUGUAGCUAAGAUUGGAAAAGAAAUUGAUGAUACAAAUCUGUAUAUUGGAUACCUGCCACCAACUUUCGAUGAUGAUGCUCUGAUACAAUUGUUUUCUCCUUUUGGUGAUAUAGUAAUGGCUAAGGUUAUCAAGGAUAGAGUGACUGGAUUGAGUAAAGGUUAUGGUUUUGUUAAGUAUUCUGAUGUUUCUCAGGCCAAUCAGGCCAUUGCUAGCAUGAACGGUCAUCAUUUGGAGGGGAGAAUGAUAGCAGCACGAGUGGCUGGUAAGCCCCCCCAACCAGCUGUAAACCCUGUAGCUCCUGCUCCAACAGUGCCCAGCUAUCCUGGUCACAAUCAAAAAGUUAAUGGAUACCCAUCAGGUCAAAAUGGACCAGGUGGCCCUUUUGGAAGUGCACCACCUGCAAGUUACAUGGGUCCUUCUGUUCGAUGGGGACCACCUGCUCCUCCUCCAUAUGCUUCUUAUGCCCCUCCUCCUCCUCCUCCUCCUGGGUCAAAUAUGUACACCCUUGUCCAAGGUCAGCCUAUGCCCCAUUAUGGUGUACCAUAUCCCCCACUGGCACAAACAGCUGCCUCUGGUGCCCUACAGCUGAACAUGCCUUCUGGUGAAGCCCAGCAAAGCUACCCCCCUGGAGUGCAAACUCAGAAUAACACAUCUGCACUAUCUGCAGCUUCUGAUAUUUAUGGAAGCACAACAACUGCAAUGCCACCAUAUUUGCACACUGCAUAUCCCCCAGCUUCGCUGGGUUAUCCUUCUUAUUAUGCUGCAGCUCCUCCACCCCGGCUGUAUCUUAUUCAAUGGUGGACCAACAGAGUUUUGCAAGUGCACCAUGGGCUUCAAACCAACCAGGGCCUCCUGCAGACCAAAGUCAGCAGAAUAGUUCUGGUGCAGAUUCCGAUUAUGAAAAGUUCAUGGUAG